AAAACGACUCGACGCGCACGCGCUACCGUCGCAGAAGAUACAGUAUAGGUGGCGCUACUCGGUCGUCGAGAAAAUCAUCAACGAAGACUGUACACUCUGUACAGUCAAAAACAGCUGCAAUGUCUGCAAUUGUCAAGCGGAGUUUGGAAGCGGAGGACGCGGAGGUAUAACCUAGCUGCAGUUACGUUUGACGCACUGAGACGCACAGUCAUUGCAACCAUUGUCCGCUCUCUACAGGAUUUGCAACGUUUACUAAAUUUAUAGUUUUUUACAAGACAGCUUAUGAACAUUCAACAUGUUUCGACUAUUUCCCGAGAUACCUCGUCCCUUCAAUACUCAAUACAAAUGCUUCUCAGUGUCUAUGUUACCUGGCAAUGAACGACAAGAUGUUGAACGAGGUGGAAAGAUUAUUAUGCCUCCUUCAGCACUUGACACUCUCACAAGACUGAACAUUGUUUAUCCAAUGUUAUUUAAACUGACAAAUAAGAAGACUAACAGAAUAACUCACUGUGGAGUACUUGAAUUUGUUGCUGACGAAGGAAAAGUUUACCUUCCUUAUUGGAUGAUGCACAAUCUGCUUCUGCAAGAAGGGGAAAUCUUAAAUGUUGAGUGUGUCUCGCUACCAGUAGCUACCUAUGCGCGUUUUCAACCUCAAUCAGAAGAUUUUUUAGAUAUUACAAAUCCUAAGGCUGUGUUAGAAAAUGGAUUAAGAAAUUUUGCCUGUCUAACCACAGGUGAUGUUAUAGCUAUCAAGUACAAUGCACGUAUUUACGAAAUGUGUGUACUAGAGACUAAACCAGGUUCAGCUGUUACUAUUAUUGAGUGUGACAUGAAUGUUGAGUUUGCUCCUCCCGUUGGUUACAAAGAGCCUGAGAAGCCUGUAUCAAAAGAAGAGGACAAUGUCGAUCCUGUAGAUUUAAUGCCAGAACCAACUGGAUUUGUUGCUUUUAAAGGGCAAGGAAACAGAUUGGAUGGCAAAAAGAGGAAAGAAUCUGCACCCACAGAGACUGCAUCGGACAAACCGGUUUAUGUCAGAGGCAUACCGGAUUAUGAUUAUAAGAUAGGCACUUUAAAAUUUUUACGCAAUGUGAAGCCAGUAAAUGUCAAAGAGGUGAAAGAUCAGGAUGAAUUCAAAGCGUUUAUGGGAGAAGGAUUUUCCUUACGCAAGUCGAAAAAGUGAUAAAAUCAAUAUUUGUAAUUCUUGGUUUGUUUUAUUACGUAAAACAAUACAUCUUUUUAUAAAACAUUGUGUGUAGCACAGUGCAGGGUAUCACAAUGCCCAGCACUGUGCUGCUUGUGCAUUAUAAAGAUAUAAAACGUGUUUUUUUUUUGUAAAUAUAAAUAUACGUCUAAGUAUAAAAAAAUAUAAAGAUAAGUUUUCCAAGUACCAAAUACGGUACUGCGGUCACAAAUUGGAUGAAAACGUUCGAAUGAGUCUCGUCGAAUGAGAGUAAACAAUAUAUCACUGAGAAUGACUAACAUUAUGCGACGCUGAUAUUUAUUAAUCAACUAACGGUCCCCAGAAAUGCUUGCUGGGCCUGUGAUGAUCUUGAGUGAGGAAGAAAUCACGUCCCAGCUUAACGAACUCCUUAAGACUAAUUUUUCCAUCUUCAUUGGUAUCAAUGUAAGUAAAGCUGACUACUGCAUCCUGAAGAAACAAUAAAAUUUUAAUAAGUAUAAGAUUGGUUUUUGACUUGAGUGAAAAAUGUGCUCAAUUUGUUCGAAAACUUACGUCAUUGCCUAAUCCUAAACAUUUGAAGAAAAGUUUGAACUCUUCUACUGAUAUUUCACCACUGUUAUCUUUGUCAACAGCCUGUAAGAAAAACAGAUUUCUUAAAUAAACAUAUUCUUGUAUAUAA